AUGGUACAAGUCAAGCAAAAAGUCGCCCUCAUCUGCAUCGACGGCUGGGGCAUUCCUUCCGACAAAUCACCCCCCUCCGGCAAUGCCAUCCUCCAUGCAAAGACACCCUGGAUGGACGAUUUCGCGAAGAAGGACAGCAAGAUCGCCCAAGGCUACACCGAGCUCGAAGCCUCCUCCCUCGCUGUCGGCCUACCCGAGGGACUCAUGGGCAAUUCCGAAGUCGGCCACCUGAACAUCGGUGCCGGACGUGUAGUAUGGCAAGACGUCGUCCGCAUCGACCAGACAAUCAAGAAAGGCGAGCUGAACAAAGUCGACAACAUCACCAAGUCCUUCAAGCAUGCCAAAGAAACAAACGGCCGUCUCCACCUCCUCGGUCUGGUCAGCGAUGGCGGUGUCCACAGCCACAUCAACCACCUCAAAGCCCUGCUCAAAGUCGCCAAGGAAAUCGGGGUCCCACACGUCUACAUCCACUUCUUCGGCGACGGCCGCGACACAGAUCCCUACAGCGGCUUGGGUCACAUGAAAGACCUCCUCUCCUUCUGCAAAGAGCAAGGCAUCGGCGAGAUCGCAACAGUAGUCGGCCGCUACUACAUCAUGGACCGGGACAAGCGCUGGGACCGGGUCGAAAUCGGCAUGUCCGGCGUCGUCUCCGGCAAGGGCGAAGACACCACCGACGUCGUAGCCACAAUCGAAGCCCGCUACAAGAACAAGGAAUCCGACGAAUUCCUCAAACCCAUCAUCGUCAACGGCGCCGAGGCCCGCGUAAAAGAAAACGACACCCUCUUCUUCUUCAACUACCGCUCCGACCGCGUCCGCGAAAUCACCCAAUUACUAGGCGACCAAGACCGCUCCCCCAAACCCGACUUCCCCUACCCUGCAAACCUUCACAUCACAACCAUGACCCGCUACAAAACCGACUUCACCUUCCCCAUAGCCUUCGCGCCCCAAGUAAUGGACAAUGUCCUCGCCGACUGGCUCGCGAAAAAAGGGCUGAAACAAUCGCAUAUCGCCGAGACAGAGAAGUACGCCCACGUGACUUUCUUCUUCAAUGGGGGGAGGGAAAUCCAGUUCGAGGGCGAGGAUAGGGAUAUGAUCCCCAGUCCGAAAGUAGCAACCUAUGACCUCCAACCCACCAUGAGCGCCAUGGCCGUCGCGGAGAAGAUGGUCGAGAGGAUUAAAGAAGGGAAAUACGAUUUCGUGAUGAAUAAUUUCGCUCCCCCGGAUAUGGUAGGCCAUACGGGCGUCUACGAAGCAGCAGUCAAAGCCGUUACGGAGACGGAUGCAGCGAUAGGCAAAGUCUACGCCGCGUGUAAGGAGGCUGGGUACACCCUCUUCAUCACCUCGGACCAUGGGAACGCGGAGGAGAUGUUGACGGGCGAGGGCGGGACGCCGAAGACGAGCCAUACGACGAAUUUUGUUCCUUUUGUUAUGGUUAAUGCGCCCCAGGGGUAUAGUUUGAAGAAGACCGAGGGCGUGUUGGGGGAUGUGGCGCCCACGCUGCUGGAGGUUAUGGGGGUUGAGCAGCCGGGGGAGAUGGGGGGGAGGAGUUUGCUUGUUAAGGGCUGA